AUGAAUUAGCAAGUAUCACAUCAAACUAAGACAUCUCAAACAUAACAAUUUAUAGCUUCCUAACUUUCUAAGUUGCCUGAUAAAAAUAAGCUUCAGCAACUCAUUCCAGUUUAAUUGCAUGUCAAUUGUUUUGAGCGAAAAAACAAUGAAGGAAUCGAUAACAGACAAUCACCACCAUAAUAAUAAAAUUAUUGCACGAAGCCAUCAUAGAAACCUCAAUAGUCCAAUCAUAAAUCUAAUAUGUCACUUUAAAAUAAAAGCAAUUCGCAUAUUGAGUCUAUUUAGGAAAAAUUAUCAGCCAUUAAUCAUCCAAAUAAAAAAAGAGAUUACUCUCCAAAUUCAGAUGCCAUAAGAUAAUUGCUCAAAAAUACUAAGCCUGAUUCAGAUAUGAAUCAUUUAUUAUCUAAAAAGCAAUAAUCUCAGGAUUAGCAACUUAUUUUCACUCCGAUUACUACUAAGCAUUCAUUUAAAUCUCACUCUCCCUUAGAUAUCAAAGAGAGUGUAGCUUAAUUACUUUCAAAUCAUUUUAGUACAAUAUAUGUAUCAUCAUUAGAAACAGAUGUAUCAUCCCCUAAAGGAAAUGGAAGCAAUUAAAAAUAAAAAAAUAGCCAUUUCGGUCCUUAUUUAUCCAUCUAAUAGUAGAUUUAAUAGCAAAAACUUAAAGGACAUAGUUCUACAAACUCACUCUCUUAUGGAUCUAGAAACCAUCAUCAAUAAUCUCUGCAAGAAUCAAAGAGAUCUGAACCUGCCGCAAUAACUCCAACUCCGAAAAGGUUUACUACUACUUCAUAAAAUACAGAGCAUAGUAAAAGUAAAUCUGUUGUUGAAGAAUAAUUGUAAUGUAUGAAAAUAAUGUAAUUUGACAAAGAAAAUCAAUCCCAUAUCCUUAAUUUAGGAUCGCCAAGUGCUUUUAGUAAUUCUGAGCAAGCAUCAAGUGUACUAUCUAUUAUUAAAUGAUAGAUUGGAGAUAGUAUUGGAAUGCAUUUACAAUUUGGAGUUAAAACUCUAUCUCCAUUUGCAAAGCCUCCUUAAUAAUCUCAGAGAUUCUGUAUCUAUCAUAAAGAUAAGAAGGCUAAAUAUGUAACAGAGGAGGGCAAUGACUAUCUCUUUUUUUGUUCUAAAUGCGCGGUCAAAUUGGCUGGCAAAGGCAUGUUCUUUACUGAAAUCGCAUAACUAAAAUAAUCUACAAUUGAUUCUUAAACCUUUUCAUUUCAAUAAAGUUCCUUAGAUUCAACGCAAAGGUAAUCAUCAUCAGUGGAUAUCUAAUUCAAAGAAAGGGAAAUGAAGGUCUUCCUAGCCUUAUUAUAUUAAAUAUAAAACAAUAGACAAGACUUACUUACUUAGUUAUCAAGCUAAGGCAAUAAGCUUCAAAAUUACUAUGACAAAUAAAUGAAAUUGUGUUAGGAAGCAAAAUAACAGCUGUCAUUGUUUUUGGAAGAGAUAUAUCAGAGAAGUAUGAACUAAUUGUCCAAUUCAAAAUAAUAAACCUUAUCCUUUAUUACCAAACUAAUCCAAUAAUUGACUACGAACUAACUCGACAAUAAAAAGAUCUAAACGGAGAUCGAAAGCAAUUGGAAGAGAGUCUUGGAGAAUAUGGAUAUGACAGUAUUCAGAGAGGUUAUGAAUCAACAUCAUGCUAAAUUCUCUAAGUUUGGUGAGUUUCAAUAGGAGAUUCAGAACCAAUACAUUUAACUCUAUUCCAUGGGAUCUAUGGAUAUCCAAUCCACCUUAUCAUUGAUUGCAUAGAAGUAUUGAAUUAAAGUAUACAUAGUUUUGAGGUUAUUGAAUCUGCCAUGCCCUUGAUUUCAAACAUUUAGUAAUUAAAUGUCACUCAACCCAUCAGAACCCAACCCACUCCUCCUAAAAAGAGUGAGGAAUCAAUUAGUUAACGAAUCAAAACUGAUUUCAGUAACUAAAAGAAGAAUUCAGAUGCUAAAUCACAAAAUUUCUGCUCCUACUUCAAUGAGAAAACAGAUAUCAACUAAAAUGUAAAGGAUACCUAAAAAAUGAUUCCCUCAUUUUAAUCUCACAACAACAAUCUUUAUGUUUCAUUUGAAAAUAAAGAAAUAUUUAUGAAUGCUUUGGAAAUGGAAAAAAAUAAGUAAGCCAAUUGUAAUGAGGAUGACAAGGCUUCGAAAUAAUAAGCCAUAAUGAUUUUAUAAUCUUACAAAGGAUCUCAUGCAGACAUACUGGAGGAAUCACUCAAUAUGUCUCAUGAUUCUUAAAAGUCUGCACCUCAUAGUCCUGCUUCUGGGCAAACAAAAGAAUCUGUUUAAAGAAUAAACCCCAAUCAAGACUAAGAAUUUAUGGCUCUUGCUAAUAACCAAAAUGAGACUGUCCCAAAGGAAGCAUUUCAAAAAUAAAAAAGUACUUUCAGAACUCUUUUCGAAAAUGAGGAUUCCCAAGAACCCAACAUUUAGAUCAAGAAGGAAUCGACUGCAAUUUCUCCAGCUAGAAGUGAGAAGUUUAAAUCAUUCCUUAAUAGAAUUUCUAAUAGCCAAUCGAAUACUCAAUAGUAUAUUUAUUUUAUCUAUUUACAUUACACAAUUUUAGGUUUUAUCAAUAGAUACUGCAGGGCCAUUAAAAAGUAGCAGCCGAGACGCCAGAUACAAAGAGAUAGGAUUCAUAAAGUUUAAAUUAAAUUAAUUUUGAAGUUCCUGAUACAUGUGUCAGAGAGGACAUUAUGAAUUUGUAGGAUAGUGAGGACAUAAAAGACUCAGUCCACCAAAUAAAUAUGUGUGAUGAUUAAUAACAUCUUAGCGAUUAUGACGAUGAAAAAGAAAUACAAGAUACUAAAAUGCGUUAUGUAUAUUAGGACGAGAGAAAAGAAUAAUACUAAAAGACUUUGUUUUCAUCCCCAAUGUUCAAGGAUCAUUGA